AAUAUCAACCUCUACGAGGGUUUACUCUCCUACCCACGGAUGAAGAAUUCCCUCAGGAACAUCCUCACGGCGUUACUUUACGUCCAGCCUGGUCGAUAUCCACAGCUGUCGUUCUUUCCGUUCAGACCCUCGACGAUAAUUGACGCACAAUCGCAGAUGAUAACUGAUCGUGUUUCGUCUACAUUACGAAGUUCCACAGUCAGUAAGGAAAACGUUUAUGCUGACGUCUUUGCAGACGCAACAGCCAUGACAAACGCCUUUCAGACACAACUUAAACUGGAGAUGGCUGGAAUGGUUUCCGUAGCACCAGUGCUGCCGUUCUUCGAGGAUAUGUGCAAGACCCCAAAAGGUACCAUUGUUGCUCCUGCGUCCAAAUCCGGCUCUCCGGUGAAGACGACUCGUACCAUUCAUGGUACUUACUAUCAAUGGUCUUCGCACGCCUUUGCUAUUAGAAAACAUUGGUUUGAUGAAGGAAGAGAGAACGAGAUUGAUACUACGAAAGCCUUCCUCGAUAUCAGCCACAAAAAUCUCAUGCUCGAACAAAGCUUGUGGAGCAAACAACUGAUUAGGGCUUUCGAGGCUACACUGCAACGUUUAAAGUCGGCACACGCACAUGGACAGAUCACCGCCUAUCCUUUUUUGAAAAUAAUGCCUAGAAAGGCAUACGUUGAUCUCCUGAUUCGGACUGUAAACAGCAUAAUAACGGAUUCGGAGCUUCAGCACGUCAGCCGCAGCCUCCUUCUGGUCAGACUGGGCGAACGCGUAGAAGAUGCAUGCGCCGUGUGGAGAAAGCAGAACCUCGGAAUCAUCGAUGAGCUGAAGCUGACGUACGAGAUUUACGCAAACCUCUACACCAGUCAGGAAAGAAAAGCAGGAUCGGUUCGCGAGGCUUGGCUGCGUGCCCUGCAAGUACGAUCUGAGGAUGGCAUUUGUCUGAAUCCACAGUGGCCGCAAUGGAACAGUCAUAUCCGUUUAAUGGUGGGCCAGGAGCUGUACCGCAUCCUCUACGAUCACCUUACCUUCAAUCUGAAUGGCGUACGUUUGCCCGUAUCGUCGUCGUCGUCCUCGUCGUCUGACAAAGAUGUCCUACCUCGCCAGGAAGCUCCCGUCCUUUUCGAAGUCAGUUCCGAGAAUCCCGCUGAAUCUCGUUGUGAAAUAAGGUAUUCGUACUGUCAGUGCCUACUGCCCAGUGAGGACCGCGCUAUAUUAAACAUGCACUUGCUCACAGGUGAUUCGACACGUCUUAUCAGACGACCGAACUACUUCUACGGUACGGACGCUGCCGCCAACGAUGACUUGGACUUUGACGCCAGCAAAGUCUUGCUCGUUCUGGACGCUCUCAAUGCCCUAGCUUCUUGUCCAUGGAAAGUUAAUACGCCGAUCCUUGACGCUCUAAUCCAAGUGGGUCGUUCUGGUGGUGAUUCUGGACUUACCAUACCAGAAACCAAAUCUCUUCCACCACUGAAACCGAAGAAAAUAUCCAGGUUAAAUGCUCAUUUUUUCUGGUCGUGUGGCACUUUUCAUCCUUGCACCCGCUCUUUGAAAAUAGGCUACUUCGGUUUGAGCAUAAACCAGUGCCGAGCUUUAAGACUUCACAAGCAUAAAUUCUAUGGGGUGCAUUUCUUUGUGCUUAAGGUUGGCCUACCCAGUCACUUUUACUCUUGGUGGAUACAGCGGUAA